UGAAGGAGGUGACUCACACAGUGUACUUUAAUGAGGCCGAAUGUGAAGUGAAGUGUUCAUGUGCCUUGUUUGAGAUGAGAGGGAUAUUGUGUAGACAUGUAUUAGGCAUUAUGAGAGUUAACAAAGUCCGUUCGGUUCCUGAAAAGUACAUACUAGAUCGAUGGAGGAAAGACAUAAAAAGGACAUACACUCUUAUACCUUCUUCUUAUGACUUAGUUGAUCAAAGGCCUGAAGUUAGCAGAUAUUCACGUAUCAUCAGGAAAUGUUACGAAGUAGCCACAAAUGCAUCGUCAUGUGAUGAGCACACUGAGGAUAUGCUAGCUAAACUAGAUGCGAUGAACUUAGGCUAUUGCACCAACUUGCCGCCCUCGAAGGUUGUAGUGAUUCAUGCCGACUCAACCACAGAAGCGAGUUCUAAGAAAGUGCUGAGUCCUCAUGUAGUCAGAGGAAAAGGUAGACCUCCAUCUCUUAGAAAGAAAUCAAUGAUUGAGAAAGUGAAACCCACGACGAAGAAGGCUAGUCGUGGAGGAAAGCGUAAACAGCCACAUGGAAUAGGAGGCGAAGUUGUUGGAACGUGCAGGAAUUUAUUUGGCCAAACAGUUGUUGGAACACAACAAACUGUCCCAGUUGAGCCAAUACAAAACACUACCGAAGUGUUAAAUGUUAGUGCCACCGAGUUUGGCUUUGCAGUGAAUGAGACUCAAGAAAGUAUCUUGCUUGGGAUGGAUGGAACCCAACCGGGUAGCUUGCGUGAGACACAACCGUCACAAUGAGCCACUUUAUGGGGAAGAGUACUGUACAGCAGAACGAAGGGGAGUCAACCCAAAUCCGACCACCAUAUAAUGAUGUAUUGCAACAUUAGUUUUGAAGGAUAAGGGCUAAGCUACGCAGAUGGUGAUGGUGUAUUUUUUUUUUAUGGGUUGUGUAUAAUUACAUUAGUGGAGGUGUUGUAAUUAUUUUUUGCUGGUUGGAAGUACACAUGUAAUGAUUUUUUGAUGGGUAGUGUAUAGCAACAUUAGUGAAGUUGUUGUAAUUAUUACUUGAUGUUGGAAGUAGGCAUGUUAUGAUUUUUCAUUUGGGUAGUGUAUAGCAACA